AUGAGGAGGAACUGCAACUUGGAACUUCGCCUUUUUCCUCCCUCCCACUCCGAUCUUCGCCCCAUAAUGGAGGCAGAAUUGAAUGAGAGCCCACAACAACUGGACCAACAACAGCAACAGCACCAUCCGUUAACCAUUUUCUAUGAUGGCAAGAUUUGCGUUUCUGAUGUCACCGAGCAUCAGGCCAGAUCCAUUCUAAUGCUUGCAAACAAAGAGACGGAGGAAAGGGUGAGGACACCAACUGGGUCAGAACCAUCAUCACCAUUACUGCAAUCACAUCAUAACUUGUACAGCCCAGGCUCUGGACUUUCCAUGAAAAGAUCUCUGCAGAGGUUUCUUCAGAAGAGGAAGAAUCGGGUCCAAGAAACAUCCCCAUACCAUGAUCAUUAG